ACUGCCUAUGCCGCUUCCGCACCGCAGCUUCCGCAUCACCGCUUCACCGCUUGCCUUCUCUCUGAAAUCUAAGUUUGCGCUAAGUUCAUAUGCGAUCAUUACUUUACUUCGUGGCUGUAUUGGUCGUUAUGUCUUUUGCCGUCUCUGACUCUGAGAGCGAGUCUCAGACCUCCGGCGAGGAAUGCGACUUUAUUCCUGUAACCCAAGCUCAACCUGGCGAGUCGCACUCCGGGCUCGAAGCGGAAGCGUCUCUGCCGCGCCGCAGCUCACGCUCCAAUCGCAAGCGGCUUGCCGGGUGGCCCGUGCACCGCAUUCUAGAGACAUUGUAUGCUCGAAAUAUUUCAGUUCCAUCUGGUCUUAAUCAUGAAGAGCUUUUCAAUUACCUUCAGUCGCAAGAAGCUACCGCCAGUGCCCAAGAGUUCAACGGGAGCGAUUGUAACACUGGCACCGCUCCUACCAAAGGCAAAGCGGCAGCAAAGAAGCGCGGCGCUUCCCAAACAGCACCUGUCAAAUCGGCGAUCAACGUACCUCCUAAAAGAACAAAGCGAUCAGCACCCAGCACUGCCGAAGCAUCAAUCAUGUCCUCUCUGGAUGAAAUGAAAUCAGCACUCAACGUAAUGAAUGCUAGAAUUCACUCUCUGGAAGAAAAUGCCAACUCUGCCUUCACUGUAAACAUCCCGGGUCCGUCGACGUCAUCCGACGUGCCUCGCGCUGCAGCGCUUCCGGCAGACGUCACACCGCACAGGACUCUGGGAACUGCAGUCCCAGCUACACCCAUGGGUUCCAGGUUCCUGCCACCUGCUGCAGCAAUUCCUGAUUCCCUCAGGAAUCAAAUUUUGUCAGGCCAGGACAUAAAUCUGGUGAAGAUUCUUUUGUGUGGCUCGGAAUCGGCUGAGAAAAGAUUUGUGGAUUGUGGGGAUUUUUCUGUUGUCCUUAAAGACAGCGAUCCAAGGUUGUCAAAAACUCUUAAUCUGGCUGAAUUCAACGUGGCUUUCGGUGUUUUUAGAGACACAAUAUGCGAAGUGUACCCCCAGCGUAGAGAGGAGCUUGACACUUAUUUGGCAAUUAUUUCGGACCUUGCCCUAUCUUAUGGUGGAUCCCUGUUUUACGAGUACCACAAGUCCUUUUCCUCGAAGGCAGCUAUGUAUAUCCAGAAAUUUAAUCAAAAACUAGAUUGGUCUGUAGUUGAUCUGGCCCUGAUUAGCAGGAAUUUCACUGGGCAUAAAACUAUAGCUUGUUCCAUUUGUGGUUCUUUCUCUCACACCUCUUCCCUCUGUCCGAGAACUGCUCGGCAAGAGCUGUCCACUUCAAAAACUCAGCUCCAGCCAAAAAAUCCAGCUCCGUUUCCUGUAGGAUAUCUUGCUAAGAGUCAGGUACCGUUUGCAUUGAAUCAAAAGUCACCUAUUUGUAACAACUUCAACAAUAAUGUCUGUAGUUUUCCUAACUGUAAAUUCAUGCAUGUGUGUAGCUGGUGCGGGGACAGCCAUCCAAGAUCUGUGUGUCCCAGGAGGCUACGUCCUGCAAAAUCAGGGAAAUAAACAGCAAUCAUCCCUCGACUCCAGUGAAUGUUCCAGCGCUUUCCAAGGCUCUCUUUAAUCAUCCAAACAGAUGCUUCGU